AUGAGCGCUCAAGUGGUCAUUUCGCUGUUGAUCCUCGCAUUUGUGGCGUGCGGUGUGCUUUAUGAUGCGCUGUUUAGUCCCCAAGGACGUCUGCUACACUCGCAAGCCUAUCGAUGGCGCCGACUUCAGAACUGGUUCCCUAUGGGCGUUGCCUACGCUGCCUUCUACAUGGCGAGAUACAACGUAGCUGCUGGGAAUGUCUCGGCGGUGCGCGAUAAACUUGGCUUUACCUCAUCGUACAUGGGCUGGGUGCUGUCGGCCGGCUCCUGGGCGUACGCCAUCAGCGGUCCCUUCACAGGCCAAAUCACGGAUCGCAUUGGAGGCAAGCGAGGCAUGCUCGUCGCGUGUAUCGGGGCUGCAAUUUGCAACCUUCUCCUCGGUGGUCUCUUCCUCUUGAAUUCACCCGGAGUCGUCCAGCAAAUACUCUUCGUCGUGCUUUAUGCGGCCAACGUGUUGGUUCAAGGGUUCGGCACCAGCGCCGUUGUGAAAAUCAACGCAGCGUGGUAUGCACCGAGCGAGCGCGGGAUGUUUGCUGGCGUGUUCAACAUUAUGUUGACAAGCGGGUACUUUUUGGCUCUGGGCACGGGAAGCAGUAUCAUUGGGACGUUGGGCUGGCCCUACGUCUUUGUUAUCCCGGGCGCAGUGCUCUUCGAAAUGGCGCUCGUGAUCUCACGCUACGCGAAGAACUCCCCGUCCGACACGCACAACCACACAACGAAGCAAUUAAUCCUUGUCGCUCCACAGCAACAGACACCGGAUACGCUGAAGAAUCCGGCCAAAGGCAUAUCAAAAGACACAUUAACGUCGUCCUCAACCCAAAGAGAAGACGAGGACGAAGACGAGAAGGUUCGACUUACGCCGAAGCAGCAGAUGAAGCAGCUCAUGCGGGACUACACAUUCCUGGGAUAUCUCGUAGCCGUAUUCUUCCUCUGCUGGGCUCGAGAUGGCUUCCUCAACUGGUUCCUUUCCUUCUUCGACGCUGUACGCGACGCCCCGCUCUCUUCAAGUGAUACGGCGAUCAUCGGUGGUGCGUGGACGGUAGGGGGUUUCGUGGGAGGAAUCCUCUGCGGCUGGCUGAGUGAUGUUAUUUUCCACUCCGACCGCGUCAUGCCCAUCUUCAUCUUCUCGCUGCUUCAAGCGCUCAUGCUCGGGGUCAUCUACUUCGUCAGCGCCACUUGCAGUGUCACGAUGCUCGGCGGCCUCAUCUUCCUGUCGAGCGUCUUUUUGCUAGGCAACUACACUCUCUUGAGCUACACCGUGCCGUCGGAUCUCCCUCGUGAUAUCGCAGCUGGCGCGUCUGGCAUCAUGACUGCGGUCGGCUAUUUCUCGACGGGAUUGUCCGGCGCCAUGAUGGGGGGCAUCAUCGACACCGCAGGCUACGGCGUGUGGGCGCUGUCGCUCAUGACUGCGUCCGUGCUGGCAGGCGUCUUCACCAAGCUGGGCUCCUACUUCUCGGCCAACAAGUCCAAGCACCAUGCAGUCAUCGCCCCGCUGCCUCCCAAAGUCGAGGAACGCAUGCCGCUCGCCCCCGACUCGUCCGACAACUAA